AUGGAUCGCGACAAGGAACAGACAAACAAGGAGGCCUGCCGUCUCCGAGAAUUGUUCCGAGGGAGGUUUGACCAAGACACAGCUGUCAAGCUUAUCACAGAGCUUGGAGGGUUGCUUCCGGCAACGGAUUUUAUUUUCAAUGAGAAAGAGGAAGAUGUUAGCAAAUUCUUAAAACAGAGCACCACAUACCUUCAGAGUUUGAGAGAGGAUUCAAAGAAAGUAGCUUCUUUACUAGAGAACAAAAUAGAAGACUCUGUGAGACAGUUUGUCUGUGGAGACUGUAAGCGCAGCUGGUGGAAGAGAGUUCCUCUCAGAAAAGAGGUAUCCAGAUGCAGAAGGUGUAAAGUUCGGUAUGACCCCGUACCUAGAGAGCAUGAGACAGGACUUGGCUCCUUUAAAUGUAUCUGUGGAAAUGAAUUUACGGGUUAUGCCUGUAUGGGAGAAACACUCAGUGAAUGCUACGAAUGUGGCGCCCAAGUUCCGGUUGAUCACAUGGUACCACCACGCAGAAACCGCCAACGAAGGACUAAACAACCACAUUCAUGCAAUGGUGUCAAUUGUUUCAACUCUAGCCACAAUCAUGGUCAGAACUUCACCGGUUUAGCCCAGUUUGGAUCACACGCAGGAGCAGAUUUAGACCGAUACUCAACUUCAUCAGACAUACCGAUUAUGAUAGGAAGUGAACCUAGUGUACUAGGGGGCAGACCAAGGAUACCAAGGAUACAAAAUAACACACAUGUUCAAGGCAACUUUGAGCCAGCUGAUCCUGGGCCAGUUUGUGUGCACCCCAAGUCACAAAAAAAGCCAAUCAAAUAUGUUAGCAAAAAACAUAGAAGUACAGGCUCAACUGUGUCAACAUUCCUGUCACAGAACAGCAUUGAGACACAGUCCAUUAGCGUGGUGUCUGAAUUGUAUUCAAUAGAUGAAUAA